AUGGAUAGUGUUAAUUAUAAUUUGGAUGAAAGUACAAAUGCUGAAGGUUGUAAAACAUUUGGAUGUCGAUUUUGUCCAAAAUUAUUUCACGAACGAUCACAGCUGAAUAUACACUAUAAACAUACGCAUCGUGAUAAACCUCAAUAUGAGUGUGAUGAAUGUCACGUUAUUUUUGCAAUAAAACGUGAACUAAGCACGCACAUGCGUAUACAUAGCGGCGAACAACCUCAUACGUGUACACAGUGUGGUAAACAAUUCGGUACCCGACAACUUCUUAAAAAACAUUGGAUGUGGCAUACUGGAGAGCGAUCACAUGUAUGUCCACACUGUGGCAAAGCUUUCUUUCAGAAAGGACAUCUAACACAACAUUUAAUGAUUCAUGCUGGUGGACGACCACAUCAAUGUCCAUUAUGCCAAAAAACAUUCAUUUUCAAGUUCGAUCUCAAUCGUCAUAUGAAAAUUCAUGCAGAACGAGGAUUUUCAUGUGACAAAUGUGGUCGCUCAUUCCUGAAACAAAUGCAACUUGAUGAGCAUAUGUUGAAAUGUAAAGGUGUCACUGGCGUUAGAAGUCAACUAAUAACACGAACAAGCACACCAAUGACUGAUACCGGUAAUAAUGGUAUUAGUACCAAAUCCGAAUCACGAUCAUUAACACAAUCAUCACCAGGACGACGACAGUCUCAACAACAACAACAACAACAACAACAACAACAGCAAUGUCAAGUAGCGGGUAAUGCUGGAGCAGCUGUACCAACAGUUUUUUCAGUAGAAGAAAUGAGCAAGGUUGCUCAAGUAUUAGCUGUACAACAGCAACAACGUGCUCUUGCUGCAGCAGCUGCGGCACAUCAUAGCGCAGCUGCACAUGCAGUGGUAGCAAAUCCAUUAUUACAAGCAAGUGCAUUGCAAAAUUUUGCACAAAAUUUGAUAGCUAAUGGUGUAAACAAUCAACAACCAAUUGGACAAACAUUCUUUUGCAUUUUCUGCAUGAAGCAUUUCAAUACGCAAGCUUCAUUCACUCUACAUCUUAGCUUUGUCCAUUUCCGCAAUAAUGUUGUCAAUGUGAGCAUGCAAAAUUGCUUUCAAGAACAUUUCGAUAAAGAGGGUAAAGUGAAUGCAUCAAUAGCAUCACUUCCUUCCAUCUUUGGUACUGUUGCAAAUACAAAAGGAAUUUCGGAAGAUGCUAUUACUCAUUCGGAUACGGCAACAAAUUCUUCAUGCUCCUCAAGUCCACAAAAAGCAUCACCAGGUGUUGUGCAAGGCAGAUUGCAAUCACCAGCGCAAUUAUCCGAAGCGGAUCAUUUAUCAGAUGAUUCCGAAUCACCAGAUAUUUCCAUUCAAAAAGGUUGUGAGCAAUGUGAAACCCAUAGACAACGGGUUGCUGAAUUAGAACAAACAUUGGAAGCAAAACGAAUCGAACUAAAGAAUACACGUGAAUUGAUGCGCCGUAUCGGUGUAAUUGCUGGUUCGUUACUUGAAUCAUGCACUGAUUUCGAUAAGCAAUGGGUAACACAUAGCCGUAAAGUUUAUUCACAAAUACAAUCAGUAAUAUGCAAUAUGGAAUAA